AGUAAUCAGUAUUACGAGUUCCUUCUGUGAGGGUAGAGCUCAUUUUCCUGUUUUUGUUCUUCGCGCAUUUAUGCUGUUGUGUGUGAGCGAAAACGGCAACAAAUGCAAAAGCUGUCGUACUCUUCUCGAGGGGUUAUUGCUUUGUUACUGCCACACGACUGAUACAUAAAGAGUGGAGCAUCUACUUACUUAAUACUGGUAUUGCACCAUCCACACUGUUGUUCAGCAAAUCGUUGUGAAGUAGGCCUAAAUAAGGACCAAAGUUUAAUGCUGUUAAUUAUAACAUGCUAAGAGAUUCAAGACUGUUUUCUACAGUGACGUUAUUGAAGCACCUAGCACAUCUUGUCUCUGCAUUGAUUGUUUCCAUGUGGUGCUACAGCAGCUUCAUGAAAUUUUUUAAUUACAAAGAAACACAAGCACUUGCUACAGCUGACAUCAUCAGUCAAAUAAUAAGCACUCUCCAGUACCUUCUUUUGGGACUGCUGCUGAGAAGUGUUUAUGAAAUAUAUCGAGCUUUGAUAGCAAUAUAUACAUACUUUGAGUCAGAACUGUGGCCAACUGUGUUCCUUGUACUUGAGUGUUCUUUGUUGGGAAUCAGCUUACCAAUUCUGCCAAUCCAUCCUAUGAUUUUUAUCAUGCUGAUCUGGUGGUUGUUGCCAUAUACCUACAUGUUGAUGAAGCUGUACAAAACAUAUAAAAGGCUACAAUAUAUUUAUGACUGCAGACAGCUUUCAUAACUAUAAUAUAAAGAAAUUAUAAGGGCAAUUAAGAAGUCAUAUCAGCUACUAUUACAGAUAUAUAUGUACACAUUUGUAUAUUGCUGAUAAAGUGUCACAUAUUUAUUUAAAAUCUUUGGUCAAAAGCAUGUUAACAAUAAAACAUCAGCAACUAGUUAUUAAAUUUCACACCAUUGAUGCGUGUUGAAAGUAUUGUUCACAGGCCUCUGCUGAUAAAUUUUGGUAAUUAUAGUUAAGCUCCAUCUUCAUAAAAACAUGACACAGUCUUAGGGUAAGUUGUGAGGACUCCAAUGAAUAUAUAGAGUAUUUGGCUC